AUGUGGCCUGGUGGAAGUGGUAGCAGCAUUAGAAAUUCGAACGCUCCUGCUGCAAUGUCUAGUUCCAGUGGCGGCAAUGGUAAUUCAUCGACUGGUUCUGGCAGUGGUACUGCUACAGGAUCUCAGCCAUCAUUUAGUGGUGUACGGGUAAAGGAUCAACAUGGAGGCGUAGGGAAUCAACAGCGUUGGCUUGAUCAUCACCAAACACAGCAAUGGAAUACACAAAGUGCACAAUGGGGACCACAUGUUGCGAGUGGUCCAAGUCCAGCCCAUCCAUGGCCACUCUCAGCUGCUGCACAAUGGCCAGGCACACCGUCACCAAAUACAGGAACAGGUGCUUCUACAUAUGCCGAACAUGCAAAGAAAAAUAUGGUCGGACGUAGUGGUCAAGGCCAAGUGCAGGGACGAUACGACCAACAACAGCAGCAGUGGAACCAAGUAAAAGUAGAUCAGCAAACUCCUUGGGAUACGAGUAGUUUGGCAGGCUUUGGCAAUAUACAUGCUACCACUGAUGCGAAAAUAUCAGCGACGGAAUGGGGAUCAGCCGCAGCAGCGAAUACACGUUGGGCUCCACCCGUUACUCAGUGGCCAGUACAUGCCGCAGCUACAUCAAGCACUACGGGCCCCGACUGGGCUACGGCUGCAGCAGUUGUAGCUGCUGCGGCAGUGGCACAUCAUCGUCACGAUGCAGCAACACCGUGGACCAACACUACAUUAGCGGCUCAUCCUGCAGCUGCAGCACUGCCGCCGCAAGUAGGGGCAGCUUGGGGUCAAAAUCCGACACUUCAGCAACCAUCAGCUUCUGCAUUACCAAAUCUCAAUGAGCAGUAUGACCCAAAUCCUCAAACGCCUGGUCCGUGGGUUGCCCCACAACCGCAGGAAAUGAAUAACGAUAUGAUGUGGCACGAUCCAAACCCAAAGCAAAAGAAGGUGCAACGUGAUACUGGUACUGCCAUUUGGGGUGACCCAAGUCAACAACCUGUAGAAAUAAAACGUUGGAAAGAUGCUGAGGUGGAUGAUUAUUCCCACAUACAAAGUGCAAUACCGAGCGGCGGUGACUGGAACAUCAUUGCAAUAUCAUCAAACGGUAGUACCGUUUGUACGGGCGUCAACGGUGCCAUAAUGGGUGGUCCCGGUAUAGGACAUGCAACGAGUUCCUGCUGUUCAGCAACUGGAACAAACGUUUCAACUCCAACUACAACUGGUAAUGGACCGUGGCCAGAUGGUUCUCAUCCAGAGCCUUCGUCAUCGGGACACCAAGAACGAUGGCAGCAACAGCCCAGUGCAUGGGGUGAUAAGGUAUCUGGGCCUCCUUCUGUAGGUGGCAUUGGAAUGCAUGGUUUACUAGAUAAUGCAGUGAUUCGACCUGAUAUUGGAAGUGGUGGUAUUGCAGGAACAGCACCGUACACUUCACUUACACAACAGAUUGCUGAUCGGAUCCGUAUCGCAGUUAAUAAAGGCCUAAUAGAUGUUUCGAUGCUUAAUCGUCCAUUGCCGCAGAGUGCCCUGGUUAUCUUAAACGCUCUUCUUCAAAAGUUCCCUAAGCUUGAGCAAGCUCAGCAAGAAUAUCAGCAAGUUAUGCGCGCAAUGAGUAGUCCAGCACAGAAGGUUGAAUCGGAACGUUUAGCAGUGGAAAUAAACGGUUUACAGAAUGAAAUUGUGCAGCUGCGGAAUUCAAUAAAUGAACAAUUAUUGAAAGUUCGUUCAAAUGCUCUAAUUAAUGGCACUUUAGCGCCUGUGCAGCAGCAAGAUGGACAGAGCCGUCUACAGCAGUGGAAACAGGCGAAUGCAACGAAUGCGCAAGACUGCAACAGUGAAAAGAUGUGUGCACCUUCAUCAGAUCCGAACGUUUCGGGUCUCAUUACUGGCACACAGUUAUUGACAAUAGACGGAAAAAUUGACUGGAAAGUUGGUAGUCUGGAUUGGUCGCCGCCACCGUCCGGAACUGGUGAUAAAGCUGCCGAUAUCACUGAUAAAGAUGAUCCAAGCAGUUCCAAUGAGAAACAACACCAAGGAGCAUCGUCAUCAACUAAUCAGUCUUGUAAUGGUACUCCAACACCCCAGCAGAGUCAGACACAAGCUCAAAUGGCUUCAGUCGAUGAUGGACCGCAGGAAUUUGUUCCGGGGAAGAAAUGGGAAUGGAGAGAUCCCAAUAAGGUAGCAGAAGACCCGAAUGCAACUCCAGGUACAUGUAAACCAAAUCCACUGCUGACAACGGGCUCCGCCGCUCAACCUUUUUAUUUAUAUGGUAGUAGUGCUAAUAACAGCUCACCACAAGGUAGCGCGAUUACUAAUUCAUCGAGUGCUGUAACUACAACAGCUAAUUAUUUAAAUGAUCUGCAGACUAUUAACAGGAGUCCAAGUGCUGGUUACUUAGGAUGGAACAGUGGUACUGCUAACCCAGCUGCUUUUGCUGCCAGUGACAUGUGGCCCUCAGUGACUACAGGUACCGCUGCUGUCCGACAGUCUCGUAUUGCAUCUGGGUUAACAGGAAUCGGGCCAUUUGGACAUACAGCAGUACGAGGUGGACCCGUAGGUAGCUCUGGACUAAGUGUAGGGCCUUAUCAGCGUUCCAAUUUAAGUCCGUUUGGUCUUCAACAACCGCAGCAGCAUCAGUGGGUUUUCGUGCAACUACAUGGAGUGAACGAGAAACAAAUACAAAUGUUAUGCCAGAAAGUGGGCCAAGUAGUGCAUGCAUUUUGUCCACAUGGUGCUCCAUUUCUGUGUGUUAAAUUCAUGGAGCCUGCUGAGGAAAUUAUUCGACGGAUGAAAACAGAAGCACCAUUUUUGCAAGUAAAAACUGUGACAGAAUCGGAAAUGGAUCGAUUACUAAAACCACGGGCUGCACUGUCAUAUGGUGGCCCUUUGGGAGCGACUGGAACAACAACGGAACAAUGGAUGUUUAGUGCCGGUACGGUUGCAACAUUACUACCAAACUGUGCUUCUAAUAAUAAUGAUGCACUACCACAGCAACCUCCUUUUCAUGCAGCUGAUACAGCUAGUGAUCUUUCACGGCCCUUUUAA